AUCCAUCCUCAAGAACUCUAAUGGGGAACAACAAAAUCACUGACCCCAAAAAUCCCUCUGAAGAAACCCCCACUGUUGCUUCUACCUUCAGCGUUUUCGAUACUCUCUUCGGUAGCGCCGGUGUUGAAAACCCCCCCGUUUCUAUCUUCUCCACUGACAACCCUUUUCGUAGGAAAGCUUCAGAUUCUGUUCCUCCUCCACCUGCUGAAAUCAGUAGGAAGAAGGGCAAGGACAAAAGGGUUGGUAUUGAUUUGGAUUCUACUGAAGGUGUUAAAACUUCGUCGGAGAUUAAGAAAUCUAAGAAGAAGGAGAAGAAGAAGUCUCUGGACCGCGAAUUGGAUAAUGUAGAUGAUGAUGGAGAAAGGGGUUUCGAAUCGCAAGGGGGAUUGAAGGAUAGUAGUAAGAAGAAAGGUACUGUUUUGGGCUCUGAAACUUCAGAAAAGAGUCAUGGUUUUGAAGGGAGUAAACUCGGUGAGAAUGUUAAAUUGAUGAAAGAGAGGAAGAAGAGGAAGAGAGAUGAACUUGAGAGAGAGUAUGAAGCCAAAAAGUAUGGUGUAUCAGAUGUAGCUGAAGAUGAAGUAGAAGGUUCAGGGGGGAAUGUUGUUGGGAAGAAGAGAAAAGCAUUGGAUGAUCCUUCAGAGAUGUUGGUUACAAAGGAAGGAUUUGAUGAUGAAAGUAAGCUUUUGAGAACUGUGUUUGUUGGGAACUUGCCAUUGAAAGUGAAGAAGAAAGCUUUAGCCAAGGAGUUUAGCCAAUUUGGAGAGAUAGAUUCUGUUAGGAUCCGGUCUGUACCAAUUGACAUUGCAAAUAGCAAAAAACCAAGGAAGGGGGCAAUCAUUUCUAAGAAACUCAAUGAAGCUGCGGACAGUUCACAUGCAUACGUUGUUUUUAAAACAGAGGAAUCAGCACAGGCUUCUUUGUCCCAUAACAUGGCUGUGUUUGCAGGAAAUCAUAUACGAGUUGACAGAGCAUGCCCACCCCAUAAAAAGUUGAAAGUGGGAAAUGGGCCAAUCUAUGAUCCCAAGAGAACUGUUUUUGUGGGUAACCUUCCAUUUGAUGUAAAGGAUGAAGAAUUGUAUCAAUUAUUUUGCGGAAUUGACAAUAUGGGAUCCAGUGUUGAGGCUGUUCGGGUCAUUAGAGAUCCCAAGGUGAACGUAGGGAAGGGCUUUGCGUAUGUCUUCUUUAAAACAAGGGAAGCAGCAAACUCUGUAGUUAAUAAUCAACUACUAGAGUUGCGUGGUCGGACGCUGAGGCUCUUUCAUACCAAAACAAAUCCAACAUCCACUCCAUUUAAGAAACGGAAUAGACCACCUACAGAAGCUGAUCGCACCCCAGCAAAGAAAAAGUAUGUGGAUUCAGGCUUAGGGACACCAGAUAGCAGCAAGAGGGUAACACCAAAGGCAACCAAUGUAUCCUAUCAGGGCUUGCGUGCGAGCAAAAGCGGUUCCCAGAAGAAGAUCCAUACUAAAGGCAGCAGUACGAAAUGGCCGAAGUCACAUUCAAACAGUAAAGAGAAGCCAAUAGAUCACAAGAAGAGAAGAGGACCAGAGAAGACAAGUGAAAGAAAGGGUAAGAGACCAGCAGUUGCCAACAGAAAGGCUGUGGCGAUGGCAACGAAAAAUGGCAUUGCAACACCGAAACAGACCGGAUUGAAGCGCAAGUCUGAUAGCCGAAGUCCAGGGAGCUCUCACAGGAAUAAGAGAGUCAAAAGGUUUAGAUAGGAAACACUCGAGGAAACAUAGAUCAUGUUGUGGAAUGAACUGAAUUCUUUAAAUCUUCUCUGUAUUAUCUUAUCUGGCUUAUCAACUUAAUUUUGAAUCAAGGAAAAGUUAACACAAA